UGUAUAAUAAGUGUUUGGAUGAACACAGUGUCACAGUAUAUGUGUGCGACGUAUCCAAUAUGUCUGUCAAUGGAAACAAUUGAUAUCGUGUUUAGCCAUCAAUGUUACUGAUGUGUAUCUCGUAAUUGGAUAUCAAAUGCGAUUGAAUGGUAUAUAUAUUGAUCGGCAAUAAUGAGUCAACAUUUUAGAGGCCACUCAUCAUUAAUCGGUGACAAUGAGCGCCAGCAGUGGUCGCGUGCGUCACAAUCAUCGCAGUCUUCGUCGUCCACUUUACCGAAUUUUGACAGAACACCGAUGAAUGGUUUGCCAUUGCGUGCGACCCAACAGUCGCCGUUUUACGCGGGAAGGACAGUAUUUGGCGGCGCAAACACGUGUGCCUCGCGAUGGGAGCGACAAACGCGUCAAACGCCUUAUUCGUUAUCACAGAGACUUAUGACUUUAAAACCGCCUCCGAUGGUAACGGUAAGGCCGACGACCAACAAUACAACUCAAGAACCACCUAAUGAUCAGUUGAGUAGUACUUCCAGACGUAUAUUAGAGAAGUUAGAGCGGGCAUCGACACCAUUAAAAGAUGCCAAACGUGUCCCGUAUGCCAACAAAAUUAACGAUUAUUUGAAUUCUGCGGGUUAUAUAUACCGAAGUGUAACCGCUAAACGACCCCGAGUUGGACCGCCUACUGCUUCAACACCAGUUGCCAGUCCAUCAACAGUUGAUCAUAGGUUUAAACCACAGAGAUAUGAGCUAAGAAUUGUUGACGAAAAAGAUGAACAUUUUGUACCUCAAAAUAGUGAUUCAAUAAAUCAAUUAAUCAAUUCUUGUGAUAAUUCAAAAAUUGAUUCCAAGAUAAGCGAUAUUCGCGAUGACAUUAAGUUUUCAACCGAUAAUUUUAAGCCUAAAAUGACAGUCAAAAACACAAAACGAGAAGAAAGACGACCUAAAUAUGGUUUAAUUGAUGAUCAAAACGAUUCAAUGAAUUUAUUGUCAUCUGUUGAACCAUUAAGUAUUCCUUUGGGCACUUCAUUGCCAAAGUUUGCUUUUGCUGUGGCGACCAAAACUGAGUCAAUUAAUAAAGCGACCAAACGAUUGCCUACAACUACUAUUACCAAGUUUUUAGUUGAUGAUGAAGAAGACAAUACGUUUGGAUUCAAUUUUUCGAAACCAUUAAUUAAGAAAAGACGGAAAAAUGAUAAAAUUGAUUCUAAGGUGACCUCUUUGAGCGAAAUUAGUGAUAAAUUAGUAUCAGAAAAAUCAGUAAUAAAUGAAACGGUUGUACCAAAAACAACAUCUUUGUCAACAAUAGCAACACCUUCUAUAUUAGCUAUAAGUAAUAAGUCUUUGACACCAAUUAUGGAUAACAAUAAGACAUUACAAGAGAGCAUAAAUUUACCAUUAGUGUCGCCAAAACCAAAUGAUAAUAAGGAUCCGAUUGUGUCUACUACUCCAUCCUUGAAAUCAACUUUUAGUUCCUCACAAUCACAAAAAAAUCUAGUUUUUGGUGAUCAAAAUGUCAGUACUUUUAAUGCAUUUUUAUCUUCAACAACAACAACAGCGACGACAACGAAACCUAGUUUUUCAUUUGGUUUAGACGGGAAAUCAACGACAACCACUACCAGUACGACUACGACGACCACUACGACUCCAACCGUCAAAGACAAUGUUUUUGGUUCAAAUAAGACACUAUUUUCGUCAAAUACUAAUAAAGAACUUACAUUUGGCGGUUCUUCGGCGACUAAUAAAACUACAGUUCCAUUUAGUUUCAAUAAUAAUACUAAUUCGACGCCUAAUUUUGUUUCAAAUCAAACACCUAAUUUAGGUUUUGCUUUAAAUACAAAUAAUAAUAAUAAUAUACAAACAAAUGAUAGCAAAGCACUGUUUGCUUUUGGUCCUCAACCUAAUCAAUCUAAUAAUCAAUUUACCAACAAUUCAUCAUUAGCUCAACCGUUGGCAAAUAAAACGACAAAUAGUACUCCUUUUACUUUUGGUAAUAAUUCUGGUUUUGGAUCUACUAGUGCUGGUUCUGUACAACCAAGUAAUACCGGUUCGAUAUUUGAUAAUGCAAUGAACAGUACAUCAACUUCUAAUUCAAUACAAUUUAAUGGACCGACAGUAGCACCGGCUUCCGCAUUGUCCAACACUCCAUUUAUGUUUGGUCAGCCAAAUACUGGUAACCUUUUUGGACAGUCAAAUGCUCAGCCAAUAUCAACAACUUCUAUAUUAACGAUAAGUAACAAGUCUUUGACACCAAUUACGGAUAAUAAGACAUUACAAGAGAGCAUAAACUUACCAUUAGUGUCGCCAAAACCAAAUGAUAAAAAGGAUCCGAUGGUGUCUACCACUCCAUCCUUGAAUUCAACUUUUAGUUCCUCACAAUCACAAAAAAAUCUAGUUUUUGGAGAUCAAAAUGUCAGUGCUUUUAAUGCAUUUUCACCUUCAACCACAACCAUAACAACAACAGCGACGAUAACGAAACCUAGUUUUUCAUUUGGUUUAGACGGGAAAUCAGCGACAACCACUACCAGUGCGACUCCAAGCGUCACAGACAAUGUUUUUGGUUCAAAUAAGACACUAUUUUCGUCAAAUACUAAUAAAGACUUUACAUUUGGCGGUUCUUCGGCGACUAAUAAAACUACAGUUCCAUUUAGUUUCAAUAAUAAUACUAAUUCGACGCCUAAUUUUGUUUCAAAUCAAACACCUAAUUUAGGUUUUGCUUUAAAUACAAAUAGUAAUAAUAAUAUACAAACAAAUGAUAGCAAAGCACUGUUUGCUUUUGGUCCUCAACCUAAUCAAUCUAAUAAUCAAUUUACCAACAAUUCAUCAUUAGCUCAACCGUUGGCAAACAAUACGACAAAUAGUACUCCAUUUACUUUUGGUAAUAAUUCUGGUUUUGGAUCUACUAGUGCUGGUUCUGUACAACCAAGUAAUGCCGGUUCCAUAUUUGGCAAUGCAAUGAACAGUACACCAACUUCUAAUUCAAUACAAUUUAAUGGUCCGACAGUAGCACCGGCUCCCGCAUCGUCCAACACUCCAUUUAUGUUUGGUCAGCCAAAUACUGGUAACCUUUUUGGACAGUCAAAUGCUCAGCCAAUACAACCACAACAACCUUCAUUAGGAGUUCCGUCAUUUAGCUUUGCAUCGACACCUAGUUUUGAUUUUGCAAACAUGUCUAGUACUCAAUCAGGACUGCCGUUUCAAUUUUCGGCAGAGCAACCAUCGACAGUACCGGGAGGUCCAGCACUUCCUAAUAGGAAUAUCAAGAAAGCCAAGAGGCGUCUCAACCAAACAUAAUUAUUUGUUAAUUAUAUUGUUAUUUUUGGCAUCAAAUUUAUUACAAAAUUAAAUUCUGUUUUUUAGUGAUUUAAUGCAUUCAUUUAUUAUAAUUAUCGAUAUAUAUAUAUAUUAUA